CUUUCACUUCUUUUCUUUGCAUCGUUCCUCGCCAAAUUCUUUCUCCAUCAAUUCCUCCGCUCUUUCUUUUCUCUUUUUUCAAUUCCUCUGUGUUAAUUUUCAUGAAGACGACCGAGCCUCUUUAGAUGUUUUCUCCUCCUCUCCCAUCCAUAUUUUAAUAGAUUUCUCGUAGAUAUCGGACUGGUUCCAACAGUUGAAACUUAAAAAAGAAGAAUUCUUUGUUUUUUUUUUCCGUUUGUUGUUUCUCUUUCUUGUAAGAAAGAAAAAAGACUAUCAUUGUCUUCCUUCGUUGUUCGUUCAUCACCCAGAAUCCAGUUACAGCUUCGAAAAGUUUGACUUUUCAUCACCUAAAAUUCUUUUUUUUCUGAGUGGUCGUGCUGUUAUCGGGAAAUCCACCACUUUAAUUCUCUCGCUGAAAUCAAAGAAGAUUUCUAUAAUAAUUUAAGAGCUUGAAUACCCAACACCCACGAACCCAUCAACGCUUCAUUCUCUGAGCUUCUUCAUACGUCUAAGAACCCACAUUUUCCCUGUGUCAGAGCCGAAGAACAGAGAGAGGAAACAAAUGAAAGAAACGUCAUUUGGUCAUUUUUCUGUAUUUACAAAUUAGAAUUUCAGGAGGUUGGAUAUCACAACCAAUGGAAGUCAUAGACUCCCACCCCUAAGGAAGCUUUCUCCUACUUCAAUUCCUCUGUCGUUCAGUUUUCAAAAGUAGCUACCCAUCACAACUGAAUUCCGUUACAAUGCUUCAAUUCUCCUCCUCUUCUUCUUCGUCAUUGUCGUCGUCGUCUUCAUCGUCUCCUUACGUCGACGGUGCUAGAGUCGUCCCUCUUUCCUUCUCGCCAACCCAGAACUGGUCUCUCUCUCUGCAACGGACAUUCUCAGGAACCUUCUCGUUGGAUGAUGAAUCGCAGUUGGCCGACAACCAUCGGCAUUCGCCGGAGAAUUUAGUUCCCACGGUCGCCGGCCUCGCAAUUGAACGGCUGAGGUUCAUCGAUCAGGUGGCGAGCGGAGGGAUGGAAUGGAAAGACGUUGAGGACCGGUUCGACCGUCUGUCAUCUACAAAAUGCGGCUCGGUCCCCGUCGUGGACUGGUCGGAUUUCGCUUACUGCAUUGGAAUGAAAGAGAGUCCAGAGUUCGCAGAUGAGCUGCUGGGAGCACUUCAAGGGAGAAGAGAUCGACACUUCGAGAUCACUAAAACCGAACUUCAUUAUUAUUGGCUUCGAAUCACAGACCCCAGUUUCGGUUCAAGAAUCCGGAUUUUUUUCGACCUGUGUGACAAGAACAUGGAUGGCAAAAUCACUGAAAUGGAAAUCAAGCAGGUCAUUUUGUUGAGUGCUUCUACAAAUAAACUGUCGAUGACGCCUGAAGAAGCAAAAGAUUAUUCAGCUUUGAUCAUGGAAGCGCUUGACACUGAAAAACGUGGCUUUAUUGAGCUAGCCCAGCUAGAGACUCUGUUCAAAGGAGGCUCAACUAAGGGCUCCGUUUCAGUUGAUCAAUUCAUAAAGAAUCCCGGCGACUGCGACGACGACGAUGACGACCCGUAUCGAAAGCCCAUGUCUCCGAUCGAAAUUGCAUUCCGGACGUACUGGAGACGGGCCUGGAUUGUUACACUCUGGUUGAUUGUCUGUUUCACGCUCUUCGCAUGGAAAUUCACGCAAUAUCRCCGCAGAAAGGCAUUCGAGGUCAUGGGCUACUGCCUCUGUACCGCGAAGGGAGCUGCAGAGACCCUGAAAUUCAACAUGGCUCUUAUUCUCCUGCCGGUUUGCCGGAAUACGAUAACAUGGCUUCGCAAGAACCGUUGCCUGAAUUCCGUUAUCCCAUUCAACGACAACAUCAACUUCCAUAAGCUGAUUGCAGGGGGAAUAGUGAUUGGUGUGAUCCUCCACGGAGGCACUCACCUAGCAUGUGAUUUCCCGAGGAUCGCCGGCUGCAACAGUUCGAUCUACCGGCGAACAAUCGCUGCCCACUUCGGCAAGCGUCAGCCAUCCUAUCUGGAGAUCCUGACCACCACAGAGGCCACUAGUGGGAUUGCAAUGGUAGUCCUGAUGGGCAUUGCCUUUGCUCUUGCCACUCAUGUGCCACGCCGGCGUCCGUCGUCGCUGCUGUGGCCGCUGCGCCAUGUCACCGGAUUUAAUGCCUUCUGGUACUCGCACCACCUUUUCAUUCUUGUCUACGCUCUGCUCAUCGUGCACUCGAUGUUCCUCUUCCUCACCAAGAAUGUAGUAGAGAAAACAACUUGGAUGUAUAUCGCAGCUCCAGUCCUGCUAUACACCGGAGAGCGGAUUUUUCGAGCUGUUCGGUCCACAUUCUACGACGUUAAAGUUAUCAAGUCCACAAUUUAUCCUGGAAAAGUUCUGUCGCUCAAGCUGAGCAAACCUGAUGGAUUUAAGUACUGGAGUGGGAUGUAUGUAUUCAUUCAAUGCCCUCAAAUCUCUCAGUUCGAAUGGCACCCAUUUUCCUUGACAUCUGCACCGGAAGAUGACUAUCUAAGCGUGCAUAUAAGAACCCUAGGAGACUGGAGUGAUCAAGUCUAUAAUCUUUUCCAGGAGGAACUGGUCUCAGGGAAUUCCAACUUCCCAGAAAUUCGCAUAGAUGGGCCCUAUGGAGCAGCUUCUCAGGAUCAUGUCAAGUAUGAUACAGUCGUGCUGAUCGGUCUCGGAAUUGGAGCUACUCCUUUCAUUAGCAUCCUCAGGGAUGUCGUUCAUGGCCUGUCAAAACCACAAGCUGAUUAUGUCUAUGAUGAAGAAUCCGGCAUUGCUAAGGUCCCUUCAAAAGCUUACUUAUACUGGGUCACAAGAGAACAAGAUUCUUUUGACUGGUUCAGAGAUGUUAUGAAGGAGAUCUCUCAGACAAAUAAGAAACAGGCUGUAGUAGAGAUGCACAACUUCCUUACCAGUGUUUAUGAAGAUGGGGAUGCAAGAUCUGCACUGAUUAGUGCAAUUCAAGCUUUAUAUCAGGCAAAGAAUGGCAUUGACAUCGUCUCACAAACUCCGGUCAGAACACACUUUGCUCGACCAAAUUGGUACAGGGUCUUCUCAAAUUUGGCUAGUAAACAUGGAGGAGCACGGAUUGGGGUUUUCUACUGUGGCCCUUCAGUUUUGGCAAGAGAGUUGGAGAGGCUAUGCACCAAAUUCACCACCAAAACGACCACAAGAUUUGUGUUUCACAAGGAGAAUAAUUAAUUGCUUCUCCCCCUUUUGGUGGGUUCUUUUUAGUUGUAAAAUCUCUUGAAUGAAGAGCACAACAACCACCAACCGACUAAGUUUUGUAUUGAAGAAAUUUCAAUCUUGGGCAUGCCUAAGACGAGCCCAUUUGUCCAUGAGAUAACUAUUUACUGUUGAAAACUAAUGCAAAAUAUGAGUUCCC